CUAAACGUGGCCACGUUUGCGGCCCCAAGCCUGAGCCUAAUCCCGCUGCUCAUUAGCUCCAUUCAGGCGGGCCAAGCGCGGCCAUCCCCGUCCGGCACUAGGAGCUGCCGCUGGAGCCUUUCCGUACACCAUGGCGGCUCCUGGGGCCGCGGCGCGGGACAUAGACUUCCGUACAACAGGGCCGCCUACAGAGCGGGAGCCACGCCCCCUUCCGCCCGGCCACCGGACGUUUCCAUUUAAAACGGAGGCGGCAGAGCCAGCCUGCAACUUGACGGUUGCUGUCGAGCAUUUUUUGAACCUAAGCGACAAGGAGUGCGGACCAGAGCGGGCCCAGCCGUGCCGCCUCGCCACGAUGACCAGUGUGGCGAAGACGGUGGACAGCGUGCAGCCUCCGGCUGUGGCCAGCGGCGGCCCGCCUGCAGAUACAAAAACUCUAGCCACUUCUAAGAGCCUAUUACCUGUUAAGUCCAAAAAAGUCAUCACUUCCAGAAGUCUUCAUUCAAACAGUGAUAUUAUGAAAGUCACCAAGCCAAAACAAGAGAACGGGCAGAUGCAAGUUGCAGAGCCCUCCAGUAAGAGGAACAUCAGAAAGAGCUGCAAGCCAUUGAGAGAGCAAAAAUCAGAGGAAGAGCUAAAGGAUAAGAACCAGCUCUUAGAGACUGCCAACAAGCAGUUGCACCAGAAGUUGAUUAAAACUCAGGGAGAACUAAAGGACCUGACCCAGAAGGUGGAGCUGCUGGAGAAGUUUAGGGACAACUGUUUAGCAAUUUUGGAGAGCAAAGGCCUUAAUCCAGGCAGUGACACCCUGGCAUCACAGCAGGAACCUGCUACAGAUCACGAGGACUCUGUGUUGCUGUUAGAAACUUUGCAAGAUGAGCUGAAGCUAUUUAAUGAAACUGCCAAGAAGCAAUUGGAGGAGUUACAGGCCUUAAAGGUAAAGUUGAAGAUGAAAGAAGAAGAAAGGGUCCAGUUCCUAGAACAGCAAAACUUAUAUAAGCAUCAAGUUACUGAUUUUACAAAAGUCCUGGAGGAAAUGGAGCAGCUAUUAGAAAUGUAACAAAAGGAAAAUGGCCAGAUGGCUCCUUCUUGGGGAUGAACUCUCAGAGGAAGCCACUUAGAACAUCUGCUGAGCCAUAGUCUUCUAGGAGUGCGUAUCCCCAGACUGAAACCAGUUUGUGCAAUCAGAUUAGGGCAGUUUAUUGCUGGAACAGCAGUUCCUCCAUUGAGCAAAUUUCUUCGUCUUUAGAUUGGUCAACUCUCCUGAGCCUCACAGUGGAUAACGGAGGCUUCAAGAGGGGGACCUGAGAGCUGGAUUCUACCUCCGAGGCAACAGCAGCACAGCUAGAUCAGAAGACUAAAGCCAGGCAUAGUGGCACACAUCUCUGAUCCUGGCACUGAGGAGGCUGAGGCAGGCAGAGGAUCGCUUGAGCUAAGGAGUUCAAGAUAAGCCUUGCAACAUAGCAAGACACCAGCCGAACAAACAAAUGAAUCAGGAAACUAAACCAGCCACAUGGGAAGACCUAGGCGGUCAUGUUGAGAUUUGCAGAAAAAACCCUUGGUUACAACUGGAGCACGAUACCCUGUCUCAAAUAGAUAAAACAAAAAUUGGAGCACCUUCAUUCCAGUGGGAGGUGACAUUGAGAAGCCAUGCUGUCCCUUCUCACUUGCAAUGCAUUGUGUCCCCUCCUGCUUGGGCUCUGUGCCUCAUUGUAAAUUUGUGAACUUGAAGUUGCUUGAAGUUUUUUGGCUUAAUAAACGGGCUGAAGAACAAAUGGG